AUGCCUCAACUAUCUUCUCCCCCUCGACCGGUGACCAUCCGAGCUAGAUCAUCUACUAUUAUUGGGACAGGUUCAACAUCCGCAGGAAGUAAUCAACCCGGGCCUCCAUCAAUCGAUAUAUCAGCUUCAUCCUUUCGAAUCACAACGAAUCCUUUGCCUGGCCCUUCAAUAUCGACUUCAGCUUUGACUGAUCAACUUGGAAGCAGUGGAAGUAAAAGGUCAAGGAUACUAUCUGGAGGAGGUAAUGGUCAUCAAAGAAUAUCGUCAUGGCCAAGUCCACCUCAUCCAGUCAUGAGUCAUAUGCCAUCAGCACCCGUCAUUCCAACAAGAGCAAAUUUGGAAAGUGGAGUUUUAGAUUUGACUUUGGUCGACAAAGAUAGUGUCGCUUUGUUACUUUACACUUAUAAACCUACGAUCACCAAUAACAAUGGUCCAGCACAUCCAUCACCUUUACCUAGCACGUCUUCAUCUUCAACAGCCCCUUCUUCUCAAGUCUUGAUCAACUACGCGGCUCUACCAUGGGAUGCUAAAGCUGGAGAUUACCUUGAGAUUCGUCAGAUACAUCGAAGGCAAGCUCAACAAACAUUACAAAAGCUAGGUCCUGAAGGGGAAUCAAUUCGCAAAAAGAAGAAAGACGUGAAUCCAGCCUUGAAUGGUGUGAAACCUGGAAAAGGAAGAGAAGGUUAUGUUUUCCGACUAGGGGAAGAUUCACCUACCAUCAGUGCUCAUCAGAUACAGGUGCCAGAUUCAGUCGCUACUGCUUUUGGGUUCCAACAACGUUUGGAGGUUGAGGUUCGACGAAUCACCGAAAAAGAAUCCGCUCAUACUGAUUAUGUGGAAUUCUACUUUUCUCAAUACUUGGGAAGAGCGGACAUGUGGCGUCUUGGAAUGUCAUUGGAAGGUAUGACGUUGCAUGUAGGAGAAAAGGUUUCAUUAGCGGGAGGCGCUGUUAGAGCAGAGGUGAAUUUUAUCGUAAGGAAUGAGAAAGAUCCUAAAACUGGCAGAGAAAGGGAUAAAAGGUAUUCAAGUGGGAUAGCAACCUCUAAAACGAAAACGAUCUUCAGAAGCAAAAGUGCUCAAGUUUAUCUAUUUAUUCAAUUAUGUCAGGAAACUUGGGAGUUCGAUGAAGAUGGUGAGAGGUACAUCGAAAAGGUUGUACACGGCUAUUUGCCGGAUCUCUUUGCACGGUGGGCGGAGAAAGGGACUUCACAUGUUGUUACGAUCAUAUUCUUUGCUAGGAUAUACUACGACGAAGAAGAUGUUGUCUAUUUGCAGAAGCAUGGUUUAGCCGGUAGUCUGAUCAAGGAUUACGCGGGGAGACCUUGCAAAGACUUCUUCAAGGUAGCUGUCGAUCUGGAAAGGAGAAAUGAUUGGACUCAAGCUUUACCUGAAAUCAAGAAACAACUUGAGAAGAGCGAAAAGGAGUUGAUGCUGGAUUAUCAUUUUCAAUUGAUGGGCGGGAAAUCAUAUACUGGAGAAGCCGUUAGAUUAGUUGGUAGAUGGAGUUUUGCUUACGAAGGAAACGCUUUGGAAGCAAUUAAUCUCGCUUUGAACCCAUUUGACGAACAUCACGUUGACAGAGAUUUAUCUCGUACGGGUUUAUCAAUAACUAUCGUCACACCUGGAACCGGUCAUUUCGCAGUCGACAAAAACUUACUUAGAUUAACCACUGAGAGAAUGGUUGAUCACGGAAUGAGCGUAGAUUUCGUCUGUCUAACGAAAAUGCCGUUACAUAGUGUACCGCUCUUCAGUUACGUUUCGCAUCGUCCACGAACGGGAAUAGCAACGGAAGAAAAUCCAAUGAAUGCAAAAGAGAAAUCUAUUACGCCUGAUCUCCUUUAUUUUGACGCUCAUAUGUCACAUAUCAAGGACGUCGAAUUGGCGGAUUGUUAUUCCCUUCCAUCUUGGGUCAGCGCUUCCUUUUACGCUGUGACACAUGACAAACCAUUUCGACCAGACCGAUUCAUCCCCCGAUGUAAAAUGUACGAGAUUCAAAUGCUCGGUAUAUUGGAUCAUAACCUCACAACGGUCAUUGUACCUUAUGUCGAAAUCGAUGAUAUGCCAAUGCCUAGACGACCUCUAUCAGCAGAGGACCGAAAGACAAUAAGGGAUGAAUUUGAUCAAUCGAUUUUUGGUAAUUGUAAAAUAGAUCCCCCAGUCAGUAAGAUCGGCUCUCCUCAAUUGGACUCUGUUUCUGCUUCAGCUAGCAUCCCAGCAAGUUAUCAAUCCGCUAGGUUAUUGGCUGAAAAGGAGAAACAAGAGAGAUCGAAUUCGAUGCAUUCAACUAGACCGAAAUCUAUAGGUGGAUUUGGAAAUGGCGCGAAACUAUCACCUAUCAAAGCAAUGAUUGAUUUGGAGGAUUCACAUGCUCUUGGUAAGAAAAGAACCGAAUUCAGAAGUUCUUCUCCUGCGCCGUCGACAUUGAGUUUAAGAAGGGGAUUGAAAUCGGACUCACCAUCGAGGCCGUCUCUCAAUAUUCCACCAUCCCCGAUUGUUCACUCACCUUCACCCCUUCUCCUUCCAAUCAACUCAAUGUCACCCGCCGCUAUCACUCGUCCUACAUCCCCUCUACCUCCUGCUUCCACUACUUCCUCGCCCAUCGCAUCUGGCCGCAGUGCGUCUCCUCUUCCGGCACCACGUGAUGCGUCACCAUCUCGCGCAUCAAUCCUAUCAUCAGAUCAACAUGACUCUGGCGCAUCCACCCCAAGAAUUACACCUGUUAAGAAGCUGAACAACAAGAGUAGUAAAAGCUCCUUUGCCAGUCGAUUCGGUGCAAGUUGGUUAUUUAGUGGAUUGACUUCCACUCGAUCUCAACCGAGUCAUGCUGCGCCAGCAAUGGAAACAAUAGGUCGAACGGAUGUCUCUUCUGUCACUGGAAAUCGUUCUGAAUCACCGGCACCAUCUUCCAAAGGAUCUGGGUCUGUUCCUCCCACUAAACCUAAACCAAAAAUGCCUAAUCCUGACCCAAUGAUAACUCCAAGUACACCUUCACCAUCGAAAGACAAAGCCCAUAUACCUACACAAGUUACACAACCUUUACCAAUAGCAAGUACGACGUCUCGAUUGAGGAGAACUCAGACUGCAGAAGAAGAUCCGAUUUCUCGUUCAUUGAGAAAUUCAAAAGGAUUACCACAACAAAACAGCAAUCAACAAGGAUUGAGUAGAUCGCAUGAACAAGAUUUAUCAUGGAGAAAUAGGAAUAACGCCUUAGUACAAUCAUCAAGACAUUUCACUGUAAAUCCCUGUAAACCUUCAGCUGAGACUAUAGAUAGAGUAAGAGAUGCAGGAGGUAGAAGAUGGAGAUUUGUCCUACCUAAACAAACUCAACAGCAUAUUGUUCAAUGGCCAAGCUUGGUAGCCACUGCUUGUUUACCUUUGACGACUGAUUUCCUACCGACUCAAAAACAAAGCGAUGAGCUAUAUACGACAGGUACUUACAAUGUACAAUGUUACCUUGAAGAUGGAGCCUUUCUUAUCCGAAGUGAUGCGGCUGAAGAGAAUUUACCAUUGGCCAUGAUGAGGGAGAUGGUCUCACAAAGGUUGUCUCAGAAUUUCCAAGUCAUAGUUCUUCCUCACGAUCUGAAUGAACCGGGUGUGGUAAGACCAAUGCCAAUACAUCUCGAGAAGGAUUCCGAUAUAGGUGUAGAAUUAGUCUCGGGUGGUGCAUCAGAAGUCCUAAAGAACGGUAAAGGUGCCAUAUGGAUGUCUUGGGCAAAUCAUAUUCAUCGAUUAUUAUUUCACCCUACAAGACAGGAAAUCAUAGUCCAUUGGAUGACAAGGAAAGUCUCUCAUUCGACUGAUCCAGUGAAGUAUAGAUGUCUAGUUUGGCCGGUAGGGAUGCAAGGAUACCAGCCUGCCGAAGCGACUUUUGGUUAUCCUGAUGUCAACACCAAGAUCAACUAUAACCAUCUCGAUCACUUGAUCAACGGCGAGAGACGUACUCUCGAUCCACUGAGAUAUUGGAGAACAAGAUUCAUUCUGAUCCCAUCCGGCAAGGAAAUUGUUUAUUUCCCAGGAUUAGUUCCCCAAAACGAACAUCUCAAUCAAAUUGAUUUAUUGUGGUUGGGCGCUCAAAAGGUGAUUGAAACUCUGAAUAGGUAUUUAUUGAAAUCACAAAGUGGUACUCCUCAAACUCCACUGAGAAUCGUCACUACAACUUUUGAUCCUUCAACUUGUGUUUUAGAUGAAGAAUUGAUGAUGGAUCUUGAGAGGCAAAUCAGCGGUAAAGAAAAGGUGCAACACAACGGUGAAGCAGGCAGGCAAUUGGAAGGUAUGAAGUUGGCAGAUGUUGCUGAAUUGAUGAGUCAACCUGGUAAUGGAUUGAUCAUCAGGACGAGAUGGUGGGAAGCUCGUCAACACGUUCAAUCUUUCACUGGAGCCCAGUUCUGCGAGUGGCUACAAAAUACAUUCGAAGACAUUUUGAGUCGAGAAAAAGCCGCCGAGUGGGCCGAAUCAUUACUUGAAAAAGGUCUUAUUGAACAUGUCACGAACUCUCAUGGAUUCUUAGAUUACUGGCACUUGUAUUAUCGACUACGGGAGCCGUACAAUUCGAUGUCAAAGAAAGAAUCCAAGAACAAGUCAUGGUUUGGUACAGGAUCUAAAGGAUCCUCAUCUACAUCUGCAUCAACCUCGAAUCAGAACAGUAGAGAUGGAAGUGAUAUCCCCACGAAUGGAGAUGGUAGACUCACUGCUUCAUCAUCGACUAAUACAGCUUUGACUACAUCCAUUUCAACCUCAACUUUAAACAACCCUAAUCCCACACAAGUUCAAGCCUCCUUACCUUCAACUACUCCGCCAGGUGCAAGAGCUCUCUUAGCUAAAAUGUAUGAAGGUCCUCAAACCAGAUCAUCAACUGGAAGGAAAAGAAAAGUGAAAAUGUCUCAAACCCGAGUCUUGGAUCUGGACCCUAACAAGAAAAGUGAUAGAGCAGAAGUCGCAAUACUGCACUCGGACGUGGUGCACAAUGCAAGAAAUGCAUUCCACUUCGAACUUAACUGGUUGGGUGUGACCGCUGCAUUACUCGAAGAACUGCGACAAAAACUUUCUGCUCAAGCUGAAAGAUAUGGACUCCGUUUCGUUGAAACUCCGGUCGAACAAUUAGUUGAUCUACCUCUAAAAUGUGCUUAUCGAACUGCCUUACCGAUCCCCUUGGCACUGCCGCCACCUAUCAUACCAGAUUUACAUACUAGGUUACUCAGUAUAGCACAUGGUACAGGACAGGUUGAGAAUUAUUUCGAAUAUUGCAUAUUAACAAGGAAAUUUGGUUUCGUCUUGGAUGUGGAAGCGUUCAAUAGAUAUCCUGAAAAUAUCGAAGUGGAAUAUUCAUACAGAAAAUCGAAAUUUGACUAUUCACAAUUUUGUCAUAAAACCGGUCUAGCAUUAGUUCAAUGUCUGGGAGGUGAAAAAGGCUUUUUGUGGUCGGAUAAUAGAUUAAUCGUUUCUGCCCCUACGCGAAAAACGAAUAACGUCAAUGGAUCAAUAUCAAUUGGAAAUCGAUCGGAAGAGGUCAGAUUAUUGAGGAAAGAAUUGCAAGAUUUUUGUAAUGAUAAAGAACAGUUAAAGAAGUUUUAUGAUGAGAUGACUCCUCCUUUACCUGGUUCAUACGAUGAACCCGAAGUAGAUGAUCAAGUGACAGAAGAGGAGAUAUUGGAUGAGAAAGGAAAGGAAGACAAUAACGACAGUAUUAUCAAUGAACAAGAUAUAGACGUGGAUGUGAAUGCGAAUGCGAGUGUGAAUGGAGAUACAACUGGGGAUGAGGAGAAAGACAUUAGAAAUGGAUUAAGGGAAACUUUGAACGAAUAA